AUGUUCUUCUUUUGUCAUUCACUCCUCUGCGUCUGUCUUUUCUUUUCCUUCUUCAACCCCAUUUCUGCAUCGAACAUUGCAUCUCGUUUGGCCCGAAGGACGAGUCGCCACGUUCAAAGGUUUACCAACGAUCUCAAUGUCGCGUUGGAUGUCGUUUUAGCAUCUAGGGAAAAGCUGCAGCCUCAGGUCCAUUUAACCACUGGUUCUCAGACUGUGUUCUGCAAAUCCGAUUCUGGUGCAACUUCUGCAGGAGGCAAUUCUUCUUCUUCUUCUUCUUCCCCUUCUUCCUCUUCGGGUUCAUCGGGCUCAUCGAAAUCUGCGGGUUCAUCCACCAAUACAGCUUCAGCUGCUGGCAGCUCAAGUACAGGUGUUGCCGUUUCCUCCCCUUAUAAGCUUGUCGAAGAACAUAGUGGAUCCGAUUUUUUCAACGGCUGGACCUUCACCGACGCUGCGGACGUCACUACACACGGACUUGUCAAUUAUGUCGACCAAGGGACAGCAUCUGCCAACAAUCUUACUGAGAUUACUUCCGAUGGAACCGUCAUAAUGCGAGUAGAAACCACCGCUACGGUCACUGGGAACCGUCAAAGUAUCCGGAUCACAACCAACAACGUCUAUAAUUCGGGCCUAUGGAUUUUAGACGCUAUCCAUAUGCCUACUGGGUGUGGGACUUGGCCUGCGUUUUGGACAAACGGCCCAAAUUGGCCGGAUGGUGGAGAGAUAGACAUUGUAGAAGGGGUUGGUGACAAUACUAACGACCAGGCCACCCUACAUACUUUGGAAGGCUGCUCUCUUGCUUCGUCAAGCUCGUCAGCACUUGAUAUCACAGGAUCCGUCAUCACCUCUACUGAUUGCGUUUCAACCGGGGGAGGCUGCGGUAUCAGAUCGAGCUCGACGGUAUCAUACGGAGCUGCUUUCAACGGUAACGGAGGUGGCGUUUUUACCAUGACUUUGAACUCGUCCGGUAUCGCUGUCUGGUUCUUCGAAAGGUCCGCUAUCCCGUCGGAUAUUACAGCUGGUACACCCUUGCCUGCCCUCUGGGGUACACCAUUUGCUUGGUGGUCGUCACCGAGUUGUAAUAUCACGGAAUUUUUUGGUUACCAGUCUACGAUCUUUGACACUACGCUUUGCGGGGACUUGGCUGGCUCUGUAUGGGCUGACGCUGGUGCACCUGGUCAGGAGCAGAGCUGUGCGACGCGUACAGGUGUGUCGGAUUGCAAUACCUUUGUGCAAAACAACGGUGCUGCAUUCCAAGAUGCUUAUUGGGAACUCAACAGUGUCAAAAUCUAUCAAAUUCCCGGUUAA